AAGUUAGAAAUGUUUUCAUCAUUUUACCUUUUUGUUGUCAGCAUUUGAGAGCAGAGUACGCUGUAGGUGUGUUAGUAAUAAUUUGUAAAUAAUCGUAAAAUUAGCACCCCGUUUACGUUUCUAGUUUUUUCUCUAAGUAGAUUUCUGUCAGCUGAUUGUUACUUACUUUAAUUUGUCAGUUUGUCAACAACCGCCUUAAUGCGCAUGCAGGUCGUGCGUGAAAUCAUCUAUGUUUUUGCAUGAUUACGUUUGCACCUUAUCUGCACCUAAUUGUAAACCAUAACAAAUGCGCUCUAUGGAUUUCGCCAAAGAUUUGCGCUGUUGUAGCUAUUUGUCUCUAUUGAACCAAAACGUAAAUCGAAGUUGAACCACGCAGUUUUUUGGUCUUCAGUCAUGGAUGUGCUGAUUACUGGCAGUCAGUUUGCGCGAAUCCAACAACAUCCACUAGUCUCUUGUUUCAAGCAGCGCAAUUCUGUGUCUGGUUCUUUGUUUUCGGAAUGACAACUGCGGACGCUGAUGUGGCUGAUACUCCCGAACCGCCGCGCAAUCUGCUUAAUUCUGCUGAUUUAUCCCCAACCCGGGAAACCACCAAAGAUGCGGAUAACGAACUCAUCGAGGAGGACGAGCCUGAUCUGAUCUGUGGAUCGUUUCGUGGGCUGCAGGCCAACAUGGCCCGUGCGCGCUCCGUCAUCUUUGCCAAGACGUCACCCAUUCCGUUCCAGUAUUUCACAUUGCGCAAUAUCAAACUCUUUGCUCUGAUCCUGAUUCUGGUUUUCAUAACCUACCACGGAGUUCAGCGAAGUCGAAAGUCCAAUGAUUCCUGCCGAUGGCUGAUGCGAGAGGGAAGAAUUCAGGGAGGAUAUUUAUGGCAACCGAACGGAUGCAUGAUGCAUCCAUACACUUCGCAGGAUGCCAGAAGGUGUAUGCACCACGUUACGCAGCGGCGCACUACUAACCGAAUAGUUUUCGUCGGUGAUUCCCGAUUGCGUUAUCUGUACAAUGCCACAGUUCUGUACAUAACGGGCAGAAGUCCUGUCUACCCAGCGGGAAAACAUAAUAAUCAUACUACUACCGACACAGAUCUCAAGUUGUCAUUGGAAUUUUACUGGGUAACCAUGGUCGACUGGCGAAUGCGGUCGUUUAUCGAGGUUUCUCGGGAAAACGAGGAAACUCUUCCCACGCUGAUUUUGUUCUCGUCCGGAACUUGGACGAUGAAAUUGUCGAAUUCUUCCGAAACAGCUUUUCGGGAAUACAAGGCGAAUUUAACGUCUCUGCAGCCGCUUUUGAAUCGGCUAGGCCAGCGGACAAGGACGGUGUGGGUGCAACAAGACCCUGUUUUGCAUUAUCUCCUCUCGCCGGAUAGGGAAGUCAUUACGGAUUAUCACAUCUGGAGAUAUAAUUAUGUAGCGGAAGAAUUAUUACUGGAUUCUUACGUUAUGGUAUGGUUAUCUGGAACAUCGGUGUUUUCCUCUAACGGCGAUUCCCCUGACGGGCUACAUCAGGGCAAUGAGUCCUUGCGUAUGAAUACGCAGAUAUUGUUGAAUUACUACUGCAAUCGAGAAUUGAGUCAUCGCGAUGCCACUUGCUGCGCUCCGCGACAGGAAUUGAAUUCUAUGCAAAUUGCUGCUCUGAGCGUCUUCGGAAUAUUUACUGCAUUGUCCAUAGUACUGACUGGCCAAAAAUAUAGCGCAUUUGUUACUCGACUGAUCCGGAUGCGAUUUAAGAAAUACCAUCUCCUUCCGAGUUACACUAACGGUGUUGCCCAUCACGAUAAAAUCAGAGUCAAGGAUGCUAAGCUUCCGAAAAAAGUCAAAUCCCCAUACGAUGUGCUCUAUGAAGUAUGCCUGGCGAUUUCCAAAAUGGGUUUUAUUAUGGGAUAUUUUGUUCUGUGUGAUCGUACCGACUUCUUCAUGAAGGAAAACAAAUAUUACAGCAAUAUUAAUUUCUUUGUCCCGCUGACGUACAUAUUCCUUUUGGGGAUAUUUUUUUCGGAGAAUUCUGAACAGUCGUCUUUACUGCAUCGUGAUCAGACGGAUGAGUGGAAAGGCUGGAUGCAGUUUGUGAUUCUGGUGUACCAUAUGACAGCAGGCAGUACACGGUUGUCCAUUUACAUGCACGUUCGUGUUUUGGUUUCAUCGUACCUGUUUCUAAAUGGAUACGCACAUUUUAUGUAUUUUUGGAAUAAGGGCGACACCAGUGCGCAUCGAUUCUUCCAAAUCGUUUUCCGGAUGAACCUCCUGGUGUUUUGCCUUUGCAUUGUAAUGAACAGAUCCUAUCAGUUUUACUAUUUUGUGCCUUUGGUUACAUUUUGGUUUCUUGUGACUUAUGCCACAAUGGCACUUCCUCCUCGUCUAACCGAUGCGUCUUCGACAAUAAAUACCAAACAUUAUUUCUACAUGGUGCUCAAAUUUGUUGUGGUUUUUGCGGUGAUUGGGUCACUUUAUUUAUCGCAGACAUUCUUCGACAGAAUCUUCCUAACUAAGCCCUGGUCGGCGUUAUUCCUCUAUGAUGCUUCCGGUAAUGAGUGGUUCUUCCGAUGGAAACUGGACCGCUUCUCUGUACUCGAGGGUAUGGUAUUUGCGUUUUUGGUGGUUCUGGCGAGGAAAUUUGGCUGGAUGAAUGAAACAUUAUCGGAGAAUUUAUUUCCUCUCCGCAAAUCUGUGAUGGUGGUUGGGGUGGGCGCUCUGGGAAUGAUCGGUUAUUUUGUCUUCGCCAUUCUGUGCUCGAAGAAAGUGGAUUGCAAUGAUGUGCACAGCUAUAUUGUGGUCUUUCCGAUACUGGGAUUUAUUAUCCUGAGAAACACAUUUGGUAUGGUGCGAAGACGGUUCAGUGCGCUGUUUGCGUGGGCUGGACGGAUCUCACUGGAAUUGUUUAUUGUUCAGUUUCAUGUGUGGUUAGCGGCUGACACUUACGGAGUUUUGGUGUUCGUGCCAGGUUAUCCCAUGCUGAAUGUGGUUUUUACUAGUUUCAUCUAUAUCUGUGUUGCCCAUGAGGUGCAUGUGAUCACCGGUGUCCUAGCUGAGCAUUUGGUACCGAAAGAUUGGAAGUAUUUACUACUGGCGCUUGUUGUUUUCUGUCUUCUGUUGGCCUUGUUGGCUGUGUGUUACGGAUUGUAAGUUAGAAAAAUUUAUUGUUGUCUGUAAUUUUUUGAUUUAUCAUGCGGUACUCUGAAAUAUGUUAUUUGUUACAAAUACGACCGAUAUGUCACAGUGAAUGUUUCGUUUUUUAUAAGGUUAUGGGCUUGGUAAGAACGGUAAAACACUUGAUAGUCACGGAAAAGAAGUAAACGCAAAUGAAGUGGAA